AUGGUGGUGGCUAAUCCAAGCCCAGUUCGUAGUGAAAAAAUCCAAGUAUUUGACCUUCCGAUCAUUGACCUUUUGGCCGAAAGAUCAGAGGUGUCAAGGCUCAUUGUAAAAGCUUGUGAAGAGUAUGGUUUCUUCAAGGUCAUCAACCAUGGUGUUCCCAAGGAUGUUAUAACAAAAAUGGAAGAUGAAAGUAGUGAGUUUUUUGAAAAACCAGCCUCGGAAAAACAGCUAGCUGGGCCGCCUAAUCCGUACGGGUAUGGCAGAAAGAACAUCGGCUUUAAUGGAGAUGUUGGAGAGGUUGAAUAUCUUCUUCUUGAUAUCAACCCUGUCUCCAUAAUACAGGAAUCCAAGUCUGUCGCCAAUGACCCCUCAAAAUUCAGCUCUGCAGUGAGUUGUUAUGUAGAAGCAGUAAGAGGACUGGCAUGUGAAAUUUUGGAGCUGAUUGCAGAAGGAUUGUGGGUCCCAGACACCUCAGUUUUCAGCAGGCUCAUCAGGGACGUUGAUAGUGACUCACUCCUCAGAUUCAAUUACUAUCCACCUCUCAAGGAUAGGGACACGUCUCCAUCCUCAUUUCAUCAUCACCAUCAUCCUCACAAUAAUAAGAUUGGGUUUGGAGAGCAUUCUGACCCUCAGAUCUUGACCAUACUGAGAUCCAACGAUGUGGGUGGCCUCCAAAUCUCCGUGGAUGAUGGAGUGUGGGUCCCCGUCUCUCCUGAUCCCACUGCCUUCUGCGUAAUUGUGGGUGACGUGUUACAGGCAAUGACAAAUGGAAGGUUUCUAAGUGUGAGACAUAGAGCCUUGGUUAACUCAAACAAGUCUCGAAUGUCCAUGGCCUAUUUCGGAGCUCCACCACUCCAUGCAAGGAUUACUUCUCCACCAGAGUUAGCAACACCCCAGAAGCCCCAUUUUUACAGACCUUUCACUUGGGCAGAGUACAAGAAAGCUACAUACUCUCUGCGGCUUGGAGAUAGCCGUCUUAAUCUUUUCAGGGUGCAGGCAGAUGAUGAAAUUACAGAAUAG